GUCCAAACCUCCGUUCUGUCAUUGCUUCCCCUCUCACUACUGCCCAGCUCCCACCAACAAAUGAUCUUCCUGCAACCCUAACCUCUCUCUCUCUCUCUCUCUCUCUCUCUCUCUCUCUCUCUGUGCGAAAUGCUAUCGUCACAGGUCAUCACUGGCAACCAUAAGCCCUCCACUCUCAGCUUCACUUCCUGCCCUCACCCGUCAACCCCCCCAUAUCUGCUCCUCAUUCCCAAAACCCUAAAACCCCCCAAAUCCCAAAAACCCUAUUACAGGGCCAGAACCUAUUUUACUACCUUCUCCGUACAAUCGGUUCUUCAGUGGAACCGUAAGCCCCAAUUGGCCGGCGAAACCCCACGAGUCGUCGUCAUCACCUCCGGCAAAGGCGGCGUCGGUAAGACCACCACUACCGCCAAUGUGGGCCUCUCGCUUGCUCGCCUUGGAUUCUCUGUUGUCGCCAUUGACGCCGACGUUGGCCUUCGCAACCUCGACCUCCUUCUUGGCCUCGAGAACCGAGUGAAUUACACCGUCGUCGAGGUUCUCAACGGGGACUGCAGGCUAGAUCAGGCUCUCGUUCGGGACAAGCGGUGGUCCAACUUCGAAUUGUUGUGUAUAUCGAAGCCGAGAUCGAAACUCCCUCUAGGGUUUGGUGGGAAAGCGCUAACUUGGCUCGUGGAUGCUCUCAAAGGGAGGCAAGAAGGCUGCCCAGAAUUCAUCCUUAUCGAUUGCCCAGCGGGCAUUGAUGCCGGAUUCAUUACGGCUAUAACGCCGGCCAAUGAGGCAGUGCUAGUGACCACGCCAGACAUUACGAGCUUGCGCGAUGCUGAUCGAGUGACAGGGCUGCUUGAAUGUGAUGGGAUUAAGGAUAUCAAGAUGAUUGUGAAUCGGGUUCGGACGGAUAUGAUCAAAGGGGAGGAUAUGAUGUCGGUUCUUGAUGUUCAGGAGAUGUUGGGUUUGGCAUUGUUGGGGAUGAUUCCGGAGGAUUCGGAGGUGAUUCGGAGUACGAAUCGAGGGUACCCACUCGUGUUGAAUAAGCCACCGACAUUGGCUGGGUUGGCCUUUGAGCAAGCAGCUUGGAGACUUGUUGAGCAGGAUAGCAUGACGGCUGUGGCCGUGGAGGAGGAGCCCAAGCGCGGGUUUUUCUCAUUUUUUGGAGGGUAGAGAAUGUGCCCAUUUCAAGUUGGUGCUCAAAUUUUGGGAUUCUUUGCGUUAAGAUGAUUUUUAUGGAGUUUCUGAGGUUUAUGGGGAGUACAAUACAAGUGUUGUGCUUGUGCAUUCAGCUGCAGUUCCAUGUUCAAGAUGUUGGGGGAAUGAGAGAUCGUGUACAGUGGGUAGGGAAAGUCUGUUUUUCUAUAUUUAUGAGAUUUCUACGUUUGCUUAUUUGAUAGAUAGAUCUGCCCAGUGCUAAGUUCAGAUUCUUCAGAAUGAUAUGUGUAAUUCCUGUUGAGAUAAUCCCAACUGGAUUUCAGUGAUUGCAAUUUUGUGAAGUAUGUUAACAUGUUGGUGAUUUACGGAAGAA